AGAUGACGCAUCACUGUGCGACAGAAUCUCGCGCCCAUUUUACUUUUGGGCAAAUUCUCUAGUCAGCCCUGUUAGGAGCGCCAGUGCAGAGUUAUGUGUUGGGCGCGCACUGCGGGGCACCGCUGCCGCUAGUGCACUGGUGUCCAACUAUACAGCCUGUCGGGGACAUGGCAGCCAGUACACGGGUGCUGAAGCUGGGUCGUCGUUACAAAUACUUGGCGGCUGCCGCGCUGGCUCUGCUUCUGAUACAGGGCCUGGUGGUAUGGAGCUUCAGUGGGCUGGACGAGGAUGGAGAGAUGAAUGCUCCACAGAAGAGGAAUAGAAGCCCAAAUAAGAUAGAACACUCCAAGGACCAUGACAGUUCUGCAGGACGCAGACCCGGGCGAUCAAAAUUAAAGGGAGGGCGAGCUGGCAGUGAGGUAGCCAGAGUGUCAAAAGAGGCAAAACCCAAGCUAAGCACACAUAUCCAUGUUCUGCAGGACUCUUUGGCCAAUCUGACCAGAGAUGGUGACACAGGAAGUGUAGAAGGACCUCACCCCACAGACAAUGGCUUCACUCCGAAAUGUGAAAUCAAAGGAAAAGAUGCUCUGUCUGCAUUGGCAAGAGCACCUACUCGGAAGUGUCAGCAGGAAAUUGCCAGUUUGGUGUGUUUACAUCAGCUGGGACAACUUAUGCCAAAGAGCUUGCCACGCUACUGCCAGAUAACAGGUAAAAUGACAUCCGGUUUGCAUUGGGAAGAGUCUGAUAUUGGAGCUCCACCACCUGAGAAAGCUUUACGUGUGGUUUACAUGCUUGUUGUACAUGGAAGAGCAGUACGGCAGCUGAAACGGCUCAUCAAAGCAAUUUAUCACAAAGACCACUUCUAUUACAUCCAUGUGGAUCAGCGUUCUAAUUACUUACAUAGUGAAGUGGUUCAGAUAGCACAACAGUACACAAAUAUUCGUGUUACCCCAUGGCGCAUGAUCACAAUCUGGGGUGGUGCCAGUCUGCUGACUAUGUAUUUGCGUAGCAUGCAGGAUCUUCUUGAGAUGACUGACUGGCCAUGGGACUUCUUUAUCAACCUCAGUGCCACUGACUACCCCACCAGGACCAAUCGGGAGCUGGUAUACUUUUUAUCAAAAUACAAAGAUAAAAACUUUCUGAAAUCUCAUGGACGUGAUAAUGCUAGGUUCAUUAAGAAGCAAGGAUUGGAUCGUCUUUUCCAUGAAUGUGACUCUCACAUGUGGCGUCUUGGUGAGAGGCAGAUUCCAGAGGGUAUUGUGUUAGACGGUGGUUCAGAUUGGUUUGCUCUGACUCACACAUUUGUGAAAUAUGUGACCUAUACUCAGGACGUCCUUGUGUCUGAGCUGAGGCGCUUCUACAUGUACACCCUGCUUCCGGCUGAGUCAUUCUUUCAUACCGUCCUGGAAAAUAGUAAAGAUUGUAACACCCUUGUGGACAAUAAUCUGCGAGUGACAAACUGGAAUAGGAAAUUGGGCUGCAGGUGCCAAUAUAAGCACAUUGUGGACUGGUGUGGCUGCUCGCCUAAUGACUUCAAACCCCAAGAUAUUGCACGAUUACAGCAGCUUUCCAGGCCAACAUUCUUUGCUAGAAAGUUUGAGUCAUCUGUGAAUCAAGAAGUCUUGGAUAUUUUGGAUGCCCAUUUGUUUGGAGAGCCAGAACCAGGAACCCCAGGUCUGAAAGCAUACUGGGAGAAUGUCUAUCACAAAAUGGAAGGAUUAGGAGGUCUCACUGAUGUUACCCUGACUGUGUACAUGUCUUUUACACGUUUGUCACUACGUAAACUUCAGAGCCCUGAGCAAGAAAACAGCAGGUCUGCUUGCAGUUUUUCUGUAGAUGGCUUCCCUUUAAGUGUUGAACUGUAUUUUUACAAUGACCACUUUCAAGGAUAUUUGGUGACUCAAGAGGUCCAGUCUGGUGAAACACUGGAAUUUUGGCUGAUUCCACGAGGCAGCCUAAGAAUAGUUGAUCAAGCUGGAGCAGCUAAUCGGAUCCAAAGUCUUGAGGUGGGCACUGAAUGGGAUCCCAAGGAGCGGAUUUUCCGUAAAUUUGGUGGUCUUAUUGGGCCCAUGGAUGAGCCGGUUGCUGUGCAGAAGUGGAUCCACGGAGUCAAUGUAACUGUUACAGUGGUCUGGAUUGAUCCUACGUACAUAAUAGCAGCUUCUUAUGACAUUGCAGUUGACUCUGAAGCAGAUUUUACACAAUACAAGCCCCCUUUAUCUCGACCUCUCCGCCCUGGAGUGUGGCAUGUUCGCCUGCUUCAUUUUUGGGAGCUGCUGGCUGAAGUAAAAUUUCUAGUCUUACCACUUACCUUUAGGAAUAAGGAGCCAUUAAAGAAAGGUGACCGGUGGCUACAUGCUGGCCCUUCUCAGGGACAGUACAUGGAGCAGAAUUUUCAGGCUUUGAGUGGAAUCCUCAGUCUUCCCUCACGUACGGAGAUGGAACUGGAGGCCGAUAAAAAAUCGGAGCUCAUGGGAAAGGAUUUGGAAAAAUGGACAGAUGAUAGUUUAAGUGGUUUCUGGUCGGUCGGGGAAAUUUGCAUCAAGACUUUUUCAACGUUGUGCCCAUCACUUCCAGUCUGCUCUAAUACACACUGGAGUUCUUUGUCACCUGACCCUAAAUCUGACUUGGGGCCUGUCAGACCUGAUGGUCGGUUGAGGUAGCAGAAACUAAUGAGGGAUAUAUACUCCUGCAUAGCGAAAAUGCUAACUACAACAUAGAACAGUGUCAUUCGGUAGGUGGCACAGAUCUAUGGACUUGGCCUGUGCUAUAGGGAUUGGAUCAUUACACAUUGGUGUGAGAAGAUAUUCUAUAAAGAGUGUGGGGGCCUAUUAAGUGUGGAUAAUCAAGACUUCAGUACCACUUCAGUUCUCAUUUAACUUACAUGGUCCGCAAGGUGUGCCAAGCUGGUCCAGGAUUUUCCAUGUGUGCCAAAUGUGUUCUGGCCAUAGACUUAUCUGCUGCUACAGGACAAGGCCUGAACUGACCAAAAACUUCAUAGGUUGACACUACUAUAAAUUGCAGAGGCUGGUUCCUCUGAUGUAUUUCAAUUUCUAUACUGUGGCUGGCAAAGGAAUUUUAACACUAUAAUGGAUAAAGUGAUAAAACAUUUUAAUUUCUAACUCCUUCCAGACAGAUUAAUAACACUGAAAGUGAUGACCUCAAUGACUGCUAUCAGUUUUUUUUCCAGUAGUAACCGAUACAGACUGUUACCACUAAAUUAUCUGCAUUCAUUCCAUAUUAUAAUGUUGGCAACCCUAGACAGCUGCUAGAUGAAGUGGCAAAUCUUUUAAAAUAUAUUACCACAGGUUGCCUGCGCAGCUUCCUGCAUAAAUUGUGUGGGGCUGGCGCCACAGGAUUGUGUACCCAUAAUCAUUCUUGCCACACAAUGAAGCACUUUAUUAAUGAUUUUUCAUAGAGUGAAUUAUGUCCUAAUAAAUAUGUUAC